AUCUGCGUUGCCAUAGUACCUUUGACGUCAGCACUACUCAGCCCCUGCCCCUGCUCCAGGGAAGCUGUGAGUGGGUGGGAGACCCCGUGGAUGCAUCCGGGAAGAGCGCGCGGAUUGUGAGUGUCAACUGUGCAGCAGGAACAUCACCGGUCUGAGAAAGCGAUCACCAUGGAUAAGAGCGAACUCGUGCAGAAAGCCAAACUGGCCGAACAGGCCGAGCGCUACGACGACAUGGCGUCUGAGAUGAAGCAGGUGACGGAGAAGGGAGAGGAGCUCACGGACGAGGAGAGGAAUCUGCUCUCGGUGGCCUACAAGAACGUGGUGGGGGCGUGCCGUUCGGCAUGGAGGGUCAUCUCCAGCAUCGAGCAGAAGAUGAAGGCGGAGAGCAGCGACAAGGAGCAGAUCGCCAAAGAUUACCGUGAGAAGAUCGAGUCCGAGCUGCAGACCAUCUGCAAUGAUGUGCUGCAUCUCUUGGACAAGUUCCUGAUCCGUACCUCGUCUCCGGCCGAGAGUCAGGUGUUCUACCUGAAGAUGAAAGGAGAUUAUUAUCGCUACCUGGCCGAGGUUGCCGUGGGAGACAAUAAAACCAGCAUCGUGGAUAAAUCCAGGGAGGCGUAUCAGGCUGCGUUCGACAUCAGCACAGAGAACAUGCAGCCCACUCACCCCAUCCGCCUCGGCCUCGCGCUAAACUUCUCCGUCUUCUACUACGAGAUCCUCGGCUCCCGCGAACAGGCCUGCGAACUCGCCAAGAAGGCAUUUGAUGACGCGAUCUCUGAGCUCGACCAGCUGACUGAGGACUCGUACAAAGACAGCACGCUGAUCAUGCAGCUGCUCCGAGACAACCUGACACUGUGGACUUCAGACACUCAGGAGGAGACAGAGGAGAGACAGGACAACUAAAAAGCAAAAAAAACAAAAAUAUUCAAAAAAAGAAAAACUGCUGAGCGCCUGAUACACACUCUCUGCUCCAGCCUCUCCUAUUUGUGUGUGUGUGUGUGUGUGUGUGUGUGUGUGUAAUAAGGAGGGUGGUUCAUUUAGAGAUUUGAUCAUUCCUUGGGGCACAAAAUAGAGUGAGGGAUCAUUUUUAAUAAACUGUGUGAGUGUGUGUGUGUGUGUGUGUGUGAGACAGAGAGAGAAAAGAAAGAGCGAGAGGUUUUGCUAAGGUUCAGUGAGAUUCACACUGAGAUCAGACUCCAGUCUGAUCCGAUACAUUGAUGUUACAUCCCUGUAUUGUGAUUAUUGCCAAACCUCUUCCAUGCUUCACAAUAUCAUUGUAAUAAUUGAUUUAAAAGUCUUUUCACAGACGAUCUUUUCUGCUGAUGAAAUCAUUACCUUGUGAUAUUUGGUUAUUGCCACUCACCCAUCCAUGAGCUUUUCAGCUGAAAGUUCUGAUUUAAUUGCAAAAAAUCUGAAAACCGAAAUCUUUUUUCCUUCUCAGUCGUCCGUUUUGAGUCGCAGGUGUGUUUCAGGCCUCAGUUUACAGUGAGUUUUAAAUGAUGGGUUCGACGUGUCGAUGUGUGCAGAUUAAACUCAGCUUUAUUGUGUAAUAAUCCCAUGAGACCAUUUUCAGGGGUUAAAUAUUUCGGUCUGCGGUAAACGUCUACGUUCGGUUUCUUUUCUAAUUUGAUAAGGCGUCUGUGUUGUGUUUGAUGUGAAAUAUCACAACUGAUUUAGAUUUGUACUUUACUCUGGAGCUGUGGAGAAAGCAGCACUAAUCACCCCAGCGUCCGACUCCACAGGUGUCUGUCUGCGCUACACUAGUGUUGAGGGCUUUCCUUGUGUGUCAUUGUCAUCUUGUGAGUGAGAGUGUGUGUGUGUGUGUGCAUGAGUGUGUGUGUGUGCAUGAGUGUGUGUGUGUGCAUGAGUGUGUGUGUGUGUGUGCAUGAGUGUGUGUGUGUGUGCAUGAGUGUGUGUGUGUGUGCAUGAGUGUGUGUGUGUGUGCAUGAGUGUGUGUGUGUGUGCAUGAGUGUGUGUGCGUGAGUGUGUGCAUGUGUGUGUGUGCGUGAGUGAGUGUGUGUGCGCAUGAGUGUGUGUGCGCAUGAGUGUGUGUGCGCAUGAGUGUGUGUGUGCAUGAGUGUGUGUGUGCAUGAGUGUGUGUGUGUGUGCAUGAGUGUGUGUGUGCGUGAGUGUGUGUGCGUGGCUCAGGUCUGUUAAACGGUAAAUUUACAUCUCCUGUGUUUGAUCCAGCUGUGUUUCUGUAGCACACCUCAGCGUGUUAAGUCUUACUGAUACUGUUAGUGCUAAUGAUGUGGGACGGGUUCAAUUCAGCCAAAUAAAGAACACAACAAAGACAAA